AAAAGUUCAUUAUGCAUAAAAUGAAAACGUUAAAAACUUGAAGAAGGUAGAAUUCUUCUCUCUCACACAGACACACACAGAGCUCUCUUCACAUGAAUGAUGAGUCCUCGUUCAAGAAUUCUAGGAAGUGUAAAUUCGACGACGACGGAGUCGCCGGAGGUCAACACCGUCGACUCGGACUUCGUCGUCAUCCUUGCUGCCCUCCUGUGCGCCCUAAUCUGCGUCCUCGGCCUCGUGGCGGUAGCUCGAUGCGCCUGGAUUCGCCAGAUCGCGGGCAGAGCCGCCGGCCGUUCAGCUCCUCCGCCUCCGGCGAACAAAGGCCUGAAGAAGAAGAUCCUGAGGUCGCUUCCUAAAGUCACGUACACUGUCGAAGACGCCGGGAAAUUCUCCGACUGCGCUAUCUGCUUGGCGGAAUUCGUCGCCGGGGACGAAAUCCGAGUGUUGCCGCCGUGCGGCCACGGAUUCCACGUCGGAUGCAUCGACACGUGGCUCGGAUCUCAUUCGUCGUGCCCGUCGUGUCGUAAGAUUCUGGUGGCUAGGUGUCAGAAGUGCGGUGGCUUGCCGGCGAGCUCAGUCGCCGGAGCUGAGACUGAGGCCCGAUUGAAACAAAGAGAAGAUAAUAUCAAUAGGUUCUUGCCUUAGCUUAGAAGCUUUGUUUAACCUUUUUAAAUUCUUCAAGCAAUUAGGGUUUGGAAAUGAAAAUUAGAUUGUUCAGAAUAUAAAUCUUUACAUCUGUACAUAAUAUAUAUUCUGAACCUACCCCCAAAAUUUUAUAUAUAUAUAUAUAUAUAUAUUCUGUAAUAUUUAUGUAGAAUUUUUAGUUCCUUGUUUGUGGUUACAAUUUUUAUUUUUCUGUUUUUAUGACUUGUGUUGUUACAAAAAGUUUAUGUGGAUCAAUUUCAUUUUCUUGCA